GUCUCCCUUAUCACGUGGGGGUGGCACGCACCGCGCAGUUUGCAGCUGUAGUAGUAUGGCGUUGGCUGGGGUGCUGUUUUUUCGAAGUGCUGAAAAUAUUUUCGCUCGUUGUAACAGGUGUGCGCAUAGGACGCCCGCCUUUUACAGAUCUUUUCAGCUUUUUACAACAGUCCGGGGGCUUAUGGUCGAAGCACCACAGAAUAGUACUCAUUUUGGUUUUGAGAGCGUCUCUGAGGAGGAGAAGACUGAAAAAGUUUAUAAGGUUUUUGCAAACAUAGCCAAAAAGUAUGAUGUGAUGAAUGAUGCAAUGAGCCUCGGCAUCCACAGACUGUGGAAGGAUGCCCUCUUGCACAAGAUGAACCCUACACCAGGAACAUUGCUGCUGGAUGUCGCUGGUGGAACAGGGGACAUAUCUUUUCGUUUUCUGGAAUAUGUUCGCUUCCAGCUUAAGCAACGGACAAAACAAGAUGUCAGAUCUCAACAGACACCUUCUUGGAAUGCAAUAGCAGAAAGCUAUGCAGCAGGCCACCAGAAUUCCAACACUGUGUCACAGGCAAUAGUCUGUGACAUUAAUAAAGCGAUGUUGAGAGUCGGGAAGCAGCGAGCAGCUGAACAAGGCUAUAUCACAGGUCUUUCCUGGGUUGUCGGUAAUGCAGAGGAACUGCCAUUUGGUGACAAUAUGUUUGAUGUGUAUACGAUUGCCUUUGGAAUCCGUAAUGUUACUCGUAUUGAUAUGGUUCUUCAGGAAGCUCACAGAGUGCUGAAGCUGGGUGGCCAUUUCUUAUGCCUGGAGUUUAGUCAAGUUACCAAUCCACUGCUGGCCAGGCUAUAUGAUGCCUAUAGCUUUCAAAUGAUUCCUGUUCUUGGAGAGGUGAUUGCUGGGGACUGGAAGUCCUAUCAGUAUUUAGUUGAGAGUAUCCGUCGCUUCCCAGAUCAGGAGGAGUUCAAGGCUAUGAUUGAAGAUGCAGGGUUUUUUAAGGUCCAGUAUACCAAUCUGACAGGAGGUGUGGUGUCUAUUCAUUCAGGAUUUAAGUUGUGAGUUUAGCUAGCGGAAUGCUAGAAAGGAAGGCAUUGCUGGAUGAAAGAAUCUGCAGUCUUUACAGCCCCACAACCUUAGACCUGGUUGGUUGAAAGUAGGUUGAUGACAAUACAAUUCCACUGUGCAACAUGACUAUACAGGUUUGGACUGAUGUUUGUGUCUGCAAAACGGCCUGUGAAGUAUCAAUAACUGAUGCAUGAGAAUCAGUGUUUGCACAAGAAACAAAACUGACUGGUUUUUGAUUUGGAAUGUUUUGUGGGUAGGUCAAGGGCACUUGAAGAAAAAAAUAUCUUUUAUUUAUGUUAAUAAAUUGACAGUCAAAAACUUUUAA